GCUCUUCAGUUAUUCUGUGUUGCGGGUCUAAAGCCGAAAUGCUGUGGGUGAACUACUUACUCACAUGUUCUUUAUUCAACGAUUCACUCUACUUACUUAAGUUAAUUCCUCUACAUGGGUCGUAGUUUUUUCACAUGAUGGUGCCGCCUCCUGGAAAAGUUUCCUGAAAUUGGUGUAGCAACGACAACGAGCUUGGGGCGGCAUGCCGACCAUCCGGCGGCUGAAGAUGAAGUGCGUUUCGUUCUUUAUUUUUUGUGUAGCCGAAAACACUGCAUCGUCGGGUCUGGCUGCCCGUCUGCGCGUCGGAAAGAGUGCCGAUGGCACCGAAAAUGAGGAGGACCUGGUGGAGCAGGAGCGGGGGCUGGACCAAGAUGAUCACACAGAUGCCCAGAAUCGCAUGGCGGAAGAUGGAAUGACACACGUAUCUAUACUCACGCAUGAUUCUUCUAAUAUAUAAGCUUACGUGUACAACGAAGUCGUAGAUGUAAAACAUCUGCUCACAAACACAAUAAAAGUCGCGGCGACCACCGCGUCAGGCUCAGGUGCAAAACCAUACCAAUUGAAACCUGAUAGUUUGACUUUCAUUUCAUCACUCUGACCACAGGCAAUCAUGCGCACCGUGUUGGAGAAUUUCCACAAGACCGUUAUGCAGCCACUGGUGGAGGAGUCGAAAGCUCGAAUUGACGUCGCGCUCAAAGAUGCGGAUGCAAAAUUGGAGAGCGACCAGGAGCAAAUCAACCAGGAAAUCAGUUUGGCGGAAACCAAGAUCGCGGAGAUGCAGUCCUCGUUGGACGAAAACCUGCGCCGGAAGCAGACACAGGUCGCCGAGCUUAAAAACCUACUGCAGCAGCAACUGCAAAACUACACGGAGACCAUGUCUCGUGUCAAGGAAAUGCUGGGGACGAGCGUGCAGGAAAGCAAAACGGAGCUACAAUCCGUGCACCAGUACCUCGCCGAGCAGCGCGAGGCGGUGCUGGCCGAGAUCGGGGAGGUCGGCGAUGGCGAAGAAGAUGAAAACGCUACAAAUUUCACCAACAUCACCACCGAAGCCAACAUGACAGCCGCCGAUCCGAGCGUGAGUGCCAACGUCACCGCAGGAGGAUCAGAAAGCGAGGCGAAUUUGACGGCCGGUGGCGCGGGGUCUGCCAAUGUUACGAUGAAUAACAUCACAGGAGACAACAGCACCGGCCUCGAGACCCUUGAACUCGGAGGUGACGAAAACGAGGAAGGGGACACUCCCGCUCAGGUUUUUCUCGAGACAGCAAACAGUGACAUCAGCAGUUUCGGCAAGUCGGGCGCAGAGUUCUUGCAAGUUGCUGACGGUGCACUCGAGAACGCCGACCACACGUUGUCCGAGAACUAUGCAACAGAAAAUCCCUCGUCCCUGAUUCCGGAUUCGACGUCCCUCCUGCGAACAAAGGUCGCACGGAUUCUGGAGGGCGGCAAGAAGAAAAUCGUGCGGACCGCUCAGCAAAAAGUGCUAAGUGUGAAGAACAUGAUGAAACUGAGGACGAAUAAAGCAAGCGGUAGAACGACUGCAAGGCUGCAUGGCGGCAAUGAAAAACUGCACACGACGAAGAUGAAGUCGAAAUCCAUCAAAGCCGCGAUGAGCAGUCCGGUGAUUGAUCCAGAUACUCAGGAGGAAGCGAAAAGCUUCGCCGAAAAAGCGGGAGAUGCUAUUAACGCCCACAUUCUAGCCGAAGUCGACGAGUACACGAAAGGACUCAGAGACGAGGUGCUGUCCAUGGUCCAAGAGGUGGGGGAGCAGCUGCACCAGCGCACGCUGGCCAUUCACGACACCGUCGAGAGCGCCCGCGACAACUUCGAAGACGCUGGAAUGGCUGCCAACGCCGAGGUCAGCGCGGAUCUUCAGGUAAGUUUUUACUGGGACGAAUGUUGGUAAACGCAGAGCUAACAGGACUGAGGUCCUUGCUUUUCAUCAAACGCCACCAAUGUAAAGUGAUAGUCGACGCAAGUCGACUGCUGCAACAUUAAGCACAUCAAAAUGGAAAGACCAGGACUACAGCCUCAAUUUUUUGCAUCAUAUCAUCAUAACUCCACAUGCAAACAAAUCCAUCACAGAGCGAAACCGAGACGGCACAGAAUUUGGGGGACUCGCAAAGCAAUCUGCAGACGGCUGUGGCAGAGAGCACGCUCUCGAACCAGAACGACUUCGGUAUUUACAGCACGAGUACCAGCACGCCACAGCCCGUCCUCUUUCUCCAAUUAGACACUGCGAACAAGAAAGAAAUUGAAAACAGAAAAAGCAACAAAGAGAAGGAGGACGAAUUUUUUGAGGCCGAGCGGAGCGAAAGUCAAAGUAGUACAACUGUUGACCUCCAGUCGACCGACGCAUCUGCGGAGGAUCAUGGCACCAGGGUAAAUAUGCGAGGUAACGGCGAGCAGCAAUUUCAAAGCGACCUGGAGGACCAGCUGGACCUGGUAAAGAGUGCUUCAGACGCGGUGUCCAAAGCAGCGAAGGAAGCCGCAGAGGUGGCGGGAGAAGAGUACACGGGCGCGAUAGGCGAAGGCGCGACCAAUUCGACUGCGGGUUCUUCAAGUCCAGAUGAAGAGGAGACAAGCCCAAGCGAAGAGGAGGACACCGACGAGGCGGAGCAGGAAUAAGCUUGGGAAGGUGCUAGCGAUGGAGGUUUGUUCGAGGCGGUGCUAGUAGUGAACAAGCUGCAGCGAAGCAGUAUCAUAUCGUGAAUCGAUUUUUUUUCUUCGGUUUCUUCUUGACGUUUUAUUACGGCAAAGCAAUCUAUGUCUUACUUUGUCUAUCAGAAAACAAGAUCGAUGGAGAUUGAUAGGAUGCCUAUCAAUCCUACUAGCGCCACAUUUUUCGAGAAUAUAGUCGCCAGCGGUCAACAGCCGGCCGCAAGCUUUUUUUAGAAGAUGAACGAAUUCAUCGGCUUGUAUUCAAUGUAAACUCUAACCUAGUAAACUUUGCUGGCAGCCACCACAGAUCACAACUGUAUAAUCGAAAAGACUUUGUCUAUGGGGGGCGGAGGAUUUCCCAAAGGGAAGGAGAAAGUAGACUCGAAUAGUUUUACAAAUGCACACUGUAGUUUCAUCGUCAUUUCAGUACCCUCAGCCGAUCGAAGAAGCAUAACAUAUCAUGGACUGCAUCUUCGCAGCACCCAUGUGCUUUUGGGUUACUCUUACUUACCACAGAGACGGAC